AUGGCUGAGAGUGAGAGAUCAAUUUACAUAUCGGACGAAAAGAACAAGGAAUAUAGUAACGACAACAACGUUAGACACAAACCCUCCUCUUCCUUGUUUUCUUCUUCUCUGCUUCUUCAAAAGGGUGCGUUGUUUGACUUGAACGAAGAAGCUGUGAACGAUCUUGGUGGUGACAUUAAUGGAGGAUUGUCGUCGUCGUCGUCAUUAUCAGGAGAAGGUAAUGUCAGUAGCAACAACUCAAGUUCAGAAGUGAAAGAGAGAACAACAAGUAGUGUAAGGCAAUAUGUGAGAUCCAAAAUGCCAAGGCUUCGUUGGACUCCUGAUCUCCAUCUUGCUUUUGUUCGUGCUGUAGAAAGGCUUGGUGGACAGGAAAAAGCAACGCCCAAGUUGGUUUUACAGUUGAUGAAUGUGAGAGGACUUAGCAUUGCGCAUGUUAAGAGCCAUUUGCAGAUGUAUCGAAGCAAGAAACUUGAUGAGUCUGGCCAAGUUUUAUCCCAAAAUAGGGCAACAUUAUUGCAAGGACAGAGAGAUCACAUUUUGGAUAUGUACGAAAGAUUUAGUGCUCAUCAAGGAGGACACUUUGGGAUUGAUGGCUAUCUACCAACACCACCCCUAGUUAUGAAGCCAAUAUUCGACUUCAAAUCUCAUGGCUCUUCAAGAUUUCAACCAGCAGGGACAAGAUCAAGUUCAUCAGUAGUAGGGUGGAACAACGACUUAGGGUUGUGUGAGGAUGGCAAAGAGAGAACGAUGAUGACUCAGAGGAACAAGAAGAUUAUUGGAGGUUGUCCCCUAUUAUUUGAGGUUAACGACGAUGAUGCUAAUAUUAGAAUGAGAAAUGGACCUCAUAGGCCAAACCUAUUUCUUGAAGACAAGAAAUGGCCUCCUCGUGAAAGAAAUGAAAAGCCUUAUUGGGAUGACAAAUAUUGUCCGCGGAACGCCGCAAAUUGCUUUAUCAAGAGUAACCUUCAACACGAACCCACUUCCUGCAGCCCAAUUUUCUCUUCCCAGGUUCAUCAUCAUGAUAAAAAAGAUGUGACAUCGCUACAUUUCAUCAGAUAUCAGAAUCAUCAUUUAUCAGAAGCAGGUGAAGUGAAAGGUCAUCAAGUAGAGAGUUUGAAGGAGAAGAAGGAAUCGCCCAGCUUUCUAAAGUCAUGUUUAACACAAGAUUCUGCCAAUAAUGUUGCAGACAUGAACAAUCUUGGGCCUGCAGGUUUAGAGCAUUAA